AUGCGUCGGGACAACGUCAUCGAACAAGGCAUGUGCUAUGUCCUGGACGAAUGGUACCGCCGCGCUCUGGAGGACUACCGGUCGAGUCCGAACGCAAUCGUCUACCUUCGCACUAGCCCAAACACGGCAUACGCUCGUGUCCAGAUGCGAGCUCGCGGCGAAGAGUCAUCCGUAUCUGCCCGGUACAUCCACGAAAUCCACAAUUUGCAUGAAGAAUGGAUUGAUUCGGUGCAUUCCAAUAAUUUGUUGCAUGAGGAACCAGUCCUGCCAGUAUACACCAUCGAUGCAGAUCAACCGUUGCUGAAAUUGUACUUGGAUUACGAGAGAUGUUUGUCCGAUCUGCGAAUGUUGUCAAUGUAA